AUGAUAUUUCUUGAGAGAGUUUACAAAAAAAUUGAUGAUGAUGAUGAUGGGCUACCUUUUCUGCUUACUUUUAAUCCAUCCCGAACACCAAAAACCACAUUGCUUAAGCAGUCAAUGGGACAACCAGUUCCAACUAUUGCAUCAUCAAAGGCUUUAGCUGAGCUUAAUCACAUUAAAGGGAAGAGAAGAAUUUGGUUUUGUGGAUCAUACCAAGGUUAUGGAUUCCACAAGGAUAAAUUGAAGGCGGGUAUGGUUGUACCAAAUGGCAUGAUUAAUCAGAGUUAUGAAUUUCUGAACAACCCCAAACAAAUGGUACCCUCUUUGAUGGAAGCCGGAGCACGAUCGUUUGUUGUUAGGUUCCUUCGAGAUUAUAUUGCUAUUGGCACUUUAAUUUUAUUGGAGGACGGUGGUGAGACGUUCACCUUUGAAGGAACCAUACAGAAGGGCCCUUUGAAAGUUUAUAUGAAGAUUCACAAUCUCCAAUUUUACCGGARGAUUGUUACAGAAGCUGAUAUAGGUCUUGCUGACGCAUACAUAAAUGGAGACUUCUCAUUCGUUGAUAAAACAAAAGGCCUUUUAUACAUGAUUAUGAUUUUCAUUGUGAAUGGUGAUUUAAAAACGUAUGCAUCAAAGUCUAACAAAAGGUACGGUUGGUGGACGCCAAUGUUUUCAACAGCUAUAAUAGCAUCUGCAAAGUACUUCUAUCAUCAUGUUAUGAGGCAAAACAAUAUUACUCAAACGCGCAGAAACAUAUCUCGCCACUAUGAUUUGAGUAAUGAACUAUUCGCUCUCUUCUUGGAUGAGACGAUGACAUACUCAUGUGCAGUAUUCUAGAAUGAGGAUGAAGACUUGAAAGGAGCACAAAUGAAAAAAAUAUCAUUGUUGAUCGAAAAGGCACAAGUUGAUAAGAACCAUGAAGUUCUUGAGAUAGGAUCUGGCUGGGGAACUUUAGCUAUUGAAAUAGUCAAACAAACUGGAUGUAAAUACACAGGCAUCACUCCCUCAAAAGAGCAACUCAAAUAUGCCGAAAGGAAAGUCAAGGAAUGUGGCCUACAGGACCAAAUCAAAUUUCAACUAUGUGAUUAUUGGCAACUACCCGACACUUUGAAGUUCGAUAGAAUUAUAUCCUGUGAAAUGAUAGAACAUGUUGGCCAUGAAUACUAUGAGGAUUUUUUUAGAUGUUGUGAAUCAUUAUUGGUAGAAGAUGGGAUUUUUGUACUACAUUUUAUCUCAGUCCCAGAUGGAUGGUAUGAUGAAAGCCGACGUACCCCAAACUUUAUUAAAGAAUACAUAUUUCUCGGGGGGUGCCUACCUUCGCUUAAUAGAGGAACAUCAGCCAUGGCUGCAUCAUCGAGACUCUCUGUGGAUCAUGUAGAAAAGAUAGGAACACAUUAUUACCAAACACUCAGACUUUGGAGGACAAACUUCAUGAAAAACAAAAGCAAAAUCCUUUCCUUGGGCUUCAACCAAGAAUUCAUCCUCACAUGGGAAUACUACUUUGAUUAUGUUGCUGCUGGAUUUAAGAGUGAGACAAUUGGGGACUAUCAGGUUGUGUUCUCGUGGCCUGGAAAUGUUUCCACACUACAAUUUGGAGAUCCAUACAUGGGUGUUAUUUGAGCUUGGUGAGCAUGUGUCUCUCUUGUCGAAUAUCGAGUUCUACUUACCUUACAGAACCUAGUAACUUCGUUCAUGUGAACUUAAUAUCUAAUGCGUCAUUGGGUCUACUUGUCAUGUGGACCUGCUAUUAAUAAUAAACCAAUACUUCAGUCUUAUCAAAACUUCUCUAAUCCUUGAUAUAUAUGUAAUGUAUAUAUGUGCAUCUUAUUGCACAUAACCUACUUGCAAAUGGAUAUACCGUAUACAUUUGGUUUGGUUUGUUAGUCUCAUGGAAGUUUAUGAUAG